UCGGGCGAGUCGACGACGAGACCGGAGCUGUCUGGAAAUCUGUCUCGUGGGUUAAGACUCAAACGUAUCCUUCAUAAUAGCCAUUUUUUGUACGUCCUGACGCGCUAAUCGUUUCACAUUUAAACACACGCCACAUUUAGUUUCCUGAAACAGACUGGAGAAUGGCUGCCGCUGAGGUGAACGGUAGUUCUGCCCCAGCAAAGGAGGAAGAGGAGCCCAUGGAUGUGACAACAACACACACAGAGAACUACCAAACCCUCAUUGAUGCUGGGCUCCCCCAGAAAGUUGCUGAAAGUCUAGAUAACAUCUUCCAGACAGGUCUGGUGGCGUAUGUUGACCUGGAUGAGAGGGCCAUUGAUGCCCUGCGUGAGUUCAAUGAAGAAGGAGCUCUUACUGUGCUGCAGCAAUUCAAAGAGAGCGACCUGUCCCAUGUACAGAAUAAAAGCGCUUUCCUUUGUGGAGUCAUGAAGACUUACAGGCAGAGAGAAAAGCAAGGAAGUAAAGUUCAAGAGUCCACCAAGGGCCCAGAUGAGGCGAAAAUAAAGGCUCUGUUGGAGCGGACAGGAUACACUCUGGAUGUCACCACAGGGCAAAGGAAAUAUGGAGGCCCCCCACCUGAGGAUGUGUUCAAAGGAACACAGCCAGGGAUUGGGACUGAGGUCUUUGUUGGAAAAAUCCCAAGGGAUUUGUAUGAAGAUGAGCUGGUGCCGCUCUUUGAGGGUGCUGGUCCCAUCUGGGACCUUAGGUUAAUGAUGGACCCUCUUUCUGGUCAGAACAGAGGAUACGCCUUUAUCACAUACUGCAAUAAGGAUGAUGCACAAAAAGCUGUGAAGCUUUGCGAUAACCAUGAAAUCCGCCCUGGCAAGUACUUGGGAGUGUGUAUAUCUGUUGCAAACAAUCGCUUGUUUGUUGGAUCAAUUCCAAAGAACAAGACCAGAGAAAGUAUAUUGGAAGACUUUGGCAAAGUUACAGAGGGUCUUCAAGAGGUGAUAUUGUACCACCAGCCAGAUGACAAGAAGAAGAACCGUGGCUUCUGUUUCCUGGAGUAUGAGGACCACAAGUCUGCUGCACAGGCCCGCCGCCGCCUAAUGAGUGGGAAGGUCAAGGUUUGGGGGAAUCCAGUGACUGUAGAGUGGGCCGACCCAGUCGCUGAGCCAGAUCCCGAGGUUAUGGCUAAGGUUAAGGUGCUCUUUGUAAGGAAGCUGGCCACAGCAGUUACUGAAGAGCUUCUUGAAAAGACGUUCUCUCAGUUUGGAAAGCUGGAACGAGUGAAGAAACUGAAAGACUAUGCUUUUGUGCAUUUUGAAGAAAGGGAUGCUGCUGUAAAGGCAAUGGAUGAAAUGAACGGGAAGGAGCUCGGAGGGGAGGAAAUUGAGAUUGUCCUGGCUAAACCCCCAGACAAGAAGAGGAAAGAGCGCCAAGCAGCUCGGCAGACCACCAGGAAUGCAGGGUAUGAUGACUACUACUACUACCCACCUCCACGUAUGCCACCUCCAGGCCGAGGCAGGGGUCGUGGUGGCCGAGGGGGCUAUGCCUAUCCACCAGAUUACUAUGGAUAUGAAGACUAUUAUGAUGACUACUAUGGCUACGACUAUCAUGACUACCGUGGUGGCUAUGAAGACCCUUACUACGGCUACGAAGAUGUGUACAGCAUGAGGGGCCGUGGUACUCGUCCCAGCAGGGGGGGGCCUCCUCCACCUAGGGCUCGUGGAGCGCCACCGGCACGAGGCAGGGGGGGCUAUGCCCAAAGAGGGCCACCCCUUGGUGGUCCGAGGGGUGGCCGAGGAGGGCGGGGAGCCCCUUUCCAGCCGCAGAGGGGCCGUGGUCCUCGUGGGGCCAGGGGCAAUCGCGGGGGAAACGUCGGUGGAAAGAGGAAGGCAGACGUGUUUAACCAGCCUGACUCCAAGCGCCGCCAGACCAACAACCAACAGAACUGGGGGUCCCAGCCCAUCGCCCAGCAGCCUCUGCAGCAAGGGGCCGACUAUUCCGGUGGAGAAGCAUUGAGAGCGGCACCACUAGAAUGAGGAACUCACCUGAACGGUACUCAAGGGUGAGCUAGCCUUGCACAGAGUACUGUCUCUUCUCCUGUAGCUAAUUGUAAUCACUGGAGAAACACUAGCCAUAAUUAUAAUGAAUUUUUAAAAAAUUGUUUCUUUACUAAUAUACUGCACUACGAUUCAAAAUUUUAGUUAGUUUUUUUUUUUUCAGCCAAUGAAUUAUAAUUAAGUCACUACAGUUGACUGAAGAAUUGGAUUUUUUUUUUUGUAUGAUUGUUUCACACGGAGAUUCUUGGGGUGUAGACGGCAUAUUUUCUUUGCAGCCAUAGUGUGAAUUUCCCCCAAACCAAAUGCCUUUAUUCUUAAGAGACAAAUGGCUGCUUCUUUAGACUGGAUUAAACAGCCAGAAGGCAGGCAGUCAAGGAUUUGGUAAGCGUUAUAAACACCAAAAACCUGCAAACACCUGUUGCCAGUUUUGGCUUACUGCACCACAAUCACCUCAGCUGUCUCUACACACACACUCACACUAUGAAUGGGGUGGGUGGGGGGCAGUGGACAUUUCCCCUCCUAUGCCACUAGAGGGGCAUAUACACACAAGCACUAGUGGUCCAUUGUUCCUUUACACGACGCUGCAUUUAUUGGUAAUUUCCAGAGCUGUAAAGGUGUUAAUUAACAGAUCAAUAUUAACUAGAGGAGACGCUUUUUCAAAUUCAUCAGAUCACAUCAGGGUCGCUGAAUUAAAUGCUGCUAAAAUUGGCUCACGCUGUAACAAUGAAUGUGCCUCAUAAUCAUGUCUUUACCCUUUAACACCACAAGAUGGCAGUAGGUGGGCUGCACUAUUUUAUAUUACACAGGUAAGACAUUGAUGUAGGGACCACAGCAUUACAGCAGACUGCUCGUAUCAGCUGACAUACAGAUUUUGGUUUGCAUUAAAGUGCCAUCCAGUGCUGGAGUGUCCUCUUUUAACAGCUUCUCAUAUCAGAACUGUGUCUUUAUAUGUUGCCUCUUGUCAGCAGGCAGUAAAGGAGCUGCCCUGAUCCAUGUGAAUGAGUUCACACAAAUGGAAAGGACUGAUUGGUAAGAUUGUUCAUUAUCUGAAAUAACGCUCAGAAAGUCUGUGUUUGCACUUUUUAAAAAAUGUGUU